ACGCACUGAAAGCAUCGUAUCUGGUCGCUCUCAGGGUUGCAAAAAGUAAGAAGCCCCAUACCAUUGCAGAGCAGCUUAUAUUGCCAGCAGCCAUAGAUAUGUGCAGAGCUAUGGUAAGCGAAGAAUGUGCCAACAAAUUAAAAACUAUUCCGUUGUCAGACAACACAAUCGGAAGACGAAUUGGGGAAAUGGCAAAUGAUGUCAAAGACCAGCUGAUGGCAAAACUUCAGACAGUUCUGUUUUCCCUUCAAAUCGACGAGACGACAGAUGUUACUAAUGAUGCGCAACUGUUAACAUUUGUGCGAUACGAGGACAGUGGCACUAUGUGCGAGGAAUUUCUUUUUUGCAAACCACUGCCCGGGCGAACUACCGGUGUAGAAAUAUUUAAAGCACUGGACGAUUUUUUCACGGAGCACAAUAUCUCGUGGCAGAGGUGCGUUGCAUUAUGCAGCGAUGGGGCCCGAGCCAUGAGUGGCAGCAAGACUGGACUGUUUGCGCAUGUAAGGAGGGUGGCUCCGGGGGUAAUUUGGACACACUGCCUGAUUCAUAGAGAGGCUCUCGCCUCCAAAGAUCUCAGUGUUGAGCUCAGUGGUGUGUUUGAUGUCGUUGUCAAGACGGUCAACUUCAUAAAACGAAACGCAUUGAAUACACGCCUGUUUUCAUCCCUAUGCCAUGACUUGGGAAGUGAACACAGCUCUCUCCUUUAUCAUUCAGAGGUGCGUUGGCUGUCUCGCGGCGCUGUGCUCGCCCGUGUGUUUGAACUACGCGGAGCUAUCUACGAGUUCUUGUGCGAGAAGCAUUCUGAUCUGGCUUCCAAUUUCAACGAUAGUUACUGGUUAACUAAGCUGGCGUACCUCACAGAUGUUUUUGCAGAGCUGAACAAGUUGAACAGCUCCAUGCAAGGGAGAGAUGCAAACGUCAUGCAGCUCUACGAGAAGCUCGACGCAUUUGUGAAAAAAAUGUCAAAGUGGAUCGAACGAGUGGAGAGCAAUAACUUGGCGAUGUUUCCUUCAGUUGAGGAAUACCCUGACAGCACUGACAUCAACGACACUAUAUGUGAGCAUUUGAGGAAGCUUGUGCGUCAAUUCGCAAAGUACUUCACUGAUUCGGAAGAGUGGCGCCGUGACAGCAAGUGGAUCCUGCUCCCAUUCAGUGACGAUGCAUCAGUAGGGUCAAGUCUGACGGCUGUGGAAGAGGAUAAGCUGAUUGAGAUGUCCACAGACUCUGUCAGGAGGCAUAUGUACGACACACAGCCCCUUGUUAAAUUCUGGAUAAGUUGCCAGACAGAAUUUCCACAGCUUGCUGCAAAAGCAAUGAGGUGUCUUUUGCCCUUUCCAACCACAUACCUGUGUGAGAGUGGUUUUUCUACACUGGCGUACUUAAAGAAUAAGUACAGGGCUAGGCUUGAUCCAGAGAAUGACAUGAGACUGUCUCUGUCUACCAUUUCGCCACGAAUAGACAGGCUGUGUGGACUUCACCACGCCCAGAUAUCACACUGACAGCAGGUGAUUGGUGACAGGUCUGUCCUGGCUGGGUUAUAAAAGCCCUGACCAGCCAGCAGUUGAGGCUGCCUUGGUCUUCAUUUGUUGGAUUUUGGUUCUCCGGUGUUGUUGGAUUUUUGUUCUCCGUUGUUGUUUUGUCACACACCUAGACUGACUUUGCAUGACAUUUUUAGUUACUUUUCCCAAUACUGAAUUGCACAACACUUUAUUAUUCUUUAUUCUUUCUUUAAAAUAAUCUUUAAUUUAAUUUAAUUUAAUAAAUCUACUUUUAUUAUUAUAAAAUCUGCGUGGCCUCUCUUUCAUGUUUCAUGCAUUGAGCUAUGCAUGUAACACCAAAUACACACGCGCACGCGCAGGCACAUCAGUGGGCCGCGGAUUGCUUUCUAGUCCGAAUGGUGGUCCCUGGGACAAAACCAGUUGAAAACCCCUGCUCUA